GACACACCUGAGUAUCCGGUCGAGCUCCCGAAUGAGAUCCUACACAAUAUCCUCAUCUGGCUUCAUCCCGCUGAUUUGCCAGAGGUGUCCCUGGUGUGUCGACGCUUCUACUUUCUCAUCAAAGAAAACCAGAGACUCUGUGAAGAUAUUUAUCGCUUGCGAUUGGAUGCACCACCAGAAAAUGCUCCUAUCUGGGACUGGGAGGCCGAGCUUCGCGAUAUAGUGAGACUGGAUGAGAUAUUCCAUACCUCUAGAGGGAAUUAUGUUGAGAAAGAUGUAAGCAACAUGCAGAAAUUCCUCGUCCCCUUGAGCCAACAGCCGAAUUCAACUGGAUCUGACAUGUCACAGGCGCACCGGCUUCCUUUUGUCUAUAAAACCGUCAAUAGGUUACUCAAGCACGCUUCAUUGAAUGGUAGAAGUCGCGACGAGGGAGAAGAGUCUCAGCGCCCCGUGUCGCGGAACGUGGAAUAUCUCAGUGGCCUGUUUGAGAAGAAUGAGGUCGCAACUCGUGUCUUCACACAACAGUCCCCGCUGUUUGACCGCAUAAAUUCCAGAUUCGAAGGCUCUGUUACCCCGUUUCCUGAGCCGUUGGAGAAGCACCAACAGAGUGCAAAGCUUCACUGCCUGUAUGGGCGACCCGCUCAACAAGGCGGGAGAACGAGGUCCACGACCACAUACCCCUGGGCCUGCUCCAAGGUGUAUGACAUACGCGAAUACAGUCAUCUUAAUGGAUGGGGACCAUUCAGGAAGGACGGAAGCGGCCGCGUGGAUUGGGAGAAGGUAGAGGCCAUCAAUAUUCUGAUGUGGAAGAACAUUUCCACCAUGUGCCCGAGGACCGAUAUCUUCGACGAGAUAUGGGACACUCCAUUUUUCGGAUCGUUUGCGAACAGCUACGUGCCGACAAAUCUUCCUACGCUCUCUGAUCUAGAUGCCCAAGAUCCAUAUGGAGUAACUGGGACUUACUAUCGGGUCGUAUGUUUCCUCGACCACAGUGACUUUAUUCGCUUCAACUUCUCAAACAUGGGCAUUGUCACAGACAACAUCCCUCGCCCUCCAUUGGACAGAGGCGAGGCGACCCGGCUCAUCCUCAUGGACCUCGAGGUAACUCGCAUCGGGGCUCCCGGUCCAGGCGAUGGCCUGGAUCUUCCAGUGGUGCAUUUUAAAGGCGUCUCGCGAUCAUUUGAUUCCGAUUUUGUCGAGGACGUCCACUCAACUCUCACUGGUUCCGUGCGCUUAACUCAGGAAGGCGAGGUAAAAUGGUCUUCCGUCUCCGCGUUCGACGGCCAAGAACGAUGGAGGAGCGAGGGUGUCCAGGUUGGAGGUGUUAAGUCCGCGAGGGGAGUUGUCGGGACUUGGUUCGAUAGUGACUACGACAUACACGGGCCAGUAGGGCCAACGGUAUUCUGGAAGGCUGCCGAUUGCAAGAACCCCAGGGAGGCGCUGCUGAAGGGCGCGAGCGAAAUGAUCAUGCAGCCCGAGUGGCUGGAGGGCGUUGUCGUCACGUUUGAAGGCGAAUCCGAGGACGACGAUGAUGAUGAUGACAACGACGAAGACUGGGAUGCCGACUUGGACCCGAUCGAGGACGAGCUUCCGGGACUGCUGGAGGAUGCCGAGAUGGACUUGGACGACGUCACGACGAGAGCCAUGGGUAACACUUGA